UUGGCGGGAUUUAGUGCCGGCUCUACUCUCCUAAUAAUUGUUCCCGCGAUCGGUUGCAGCCCUAGCUGAGCAAAGAUGGGGGCGACCUUUCCCUCUACCUCUUCUUCUCCCUCUCCCGUCUCCUCGUCUGCUUUACCCAUUGGCGAUCAUGACAAAGCCAGCUUCGGUAACGGAAAAAAUGGGCGGCCGCCGGGAUUGCUAGAUAACGCGAUGAAGCGGAAGGGGAGCUUCAUCCAGUUAUUCGUUAUGACUAAUAUACUCUUCUUGAGCCUCCGAUCGCUUGGGCAGAAGUACAGAAUUAACGAGCUUGCCGAUGAGAACUCCAACCUGCGGGAAGAGCGCGAAUCCCUCGCCGUCCGGAUGGCCUCCAUCAAGUCUUCCCUCCUCCGCCAGGCGGCCAUGGACUCCUCCGGACUCCUCUCCUCGCACCUCCAUGGCCUAUUCCAAAAUUCUUCUUCUUCUGGUCACUGACCAAGAUAUGUAUCCCCUUUGCAUCGAUCCAAUGAAGCUAUACGUGUCUGAUCGCUUUUUUUUAAACUGCUUGAUCUCGAAAUCACGAGCUCCGUUUUUCUCUGAAAUGUGAACAUGAAAUACUACCUAGCUCUUUUUUAAAAAGUUAUAUUUAUGUUAAAAUAUUUCUCUUUUUCUGUCUUGAGUGGAAUACUUUUGUGUUUUAUGCA